GCCGGGCGCCAGAGCCGAAGGACCGGACAAGAUGGCGGCCCCCAGGACGGAAGGGGCCGAGGAGAUGCUCAGCGGCUCCGAGCCCGGGGCGGCCCCUUACGGGAACUUCCCCAAUUACUCCCGCUUCCACCCGCCCGAGGGCCGCGUCCGUCUCCUGCCGCCGGCGCUGCUGGGGCGGCUCUUCCCCGCGGGGCCCUCCCCACUGCUGGGGCUGGACGUCGGCUGCAACUCGGGGGAGCUAAGCGUUGCUCUCUACAGACACCUCCUUGGUCUACAGGAGAACGAGGCCAGCCCUGAUCAGCCGGUUGUUGGAAAGAUCCUGAACCUCCUGUGCUGCGACAUCGACGCAGCACUGAUCGAGAGAGCUGAGCGAUGCAGUCCCUUUCCUGGCUCCAUCUCCUACGCCACCCUGGAUGUCAUGGAUGCUGGCGCCCGGGAGUUGUUCUUGAGCUCCUAUCUGAGCAGGUUCAGCCGUUCCACCUUUGACAUCGGCUUUUGUAUGUCAGUGACCAUGUGGAUCCACCUGAACCACGGGGAUGAUGGCCUGGUGGAGUUCUUAACCUACCUUUCGUCUCGGUGCAAUUACCUGCUUAUUGAACCCCAGCCGUGGAAGUGUUAUAGAGCAGCCGCCCGGCGCCUCCGGAAGCUGGGUAGGAAUGAUUUUGACCACUUCCGCUCUCUUGCCAUCAAUGGGGACAUGGCAGAGAGGAUAACCCAGAUCUUAACCGAGGACGGUGCCAUGGAACUGGUGUGCUGCUUUGGUAGCACAAGCUGGGACAGGAGUCUCUUGCUUUUUAAAUCAAACCGAUUGACUCAGAAGCAACUCUGAGAAAGGGCAGCUCCGUGCCUGAUGAAAACAUCAUCCUGCACCCAGGCAGAGGGGGAGAGAGAGAGGUAAUGGUGUGAGCAUAGAACUGGGAGCCAGGAGCUUCUGAAUCUGCAUCUCCGAUUUCGCGCUGAUUCCUCUCUGCCUCAGUUUCUCCAUCUACAGAACGAGGAUGAUAAUUGUGACCUAUCUCUUGGGGUGCUCGGGUAAAGUGCUUUUGAAGAUAAAAAGUGCCAUAUAGGUUCUUUGUACAUACACUAGAACAGGUUAUUUCAUUGAAAGACAGUGCAUUUGCCUAUUCCCCCAAGGGAACAAAAAUACACUUC